CCAAGGUCGACAUACAAAGGUUUUACUGGGAGAUUGAGUCACGGGACCCAUCGAACAGAUUUUAUUCCAUUUCCAUUAGAAGCGCUGGAACCUGUUUCAACAGUGCACACGGACUAGUACCCGAAUAGCUAAGCAAGCAACACCGAUUGAAUAACUGGAAGUGGUCAGCAGGUGAAAAACGCAUAACAUGAAGUCAGCUCUGCUUGUGCUGGGACUGGCUCUGCUGGUUUCCAGCAUCCAGGCUUCGGAUAUUCCCGUGUUCGUGUGGGGAAAGCCAUCUGUUACGUAUGUUCCAGCACUCUCCAAGUAUUCGGCCUCGGAAUUUGCUGCCCUGAUUGAAUCGCAAGCCGACGAGAAGACCUUCACAUUGGUGUUUGCCGAGGAACGCCUUUCCACCGAAGAUCUUAGCCAGUGCAAGCUGAAGACCCAGACCUGCUUCCGCAAUCUGGCCAAGGUGGAACGCAAAUCGUACCUUCCGAAUGUCGAGGAGCCCCUGGCCGCUUUCGAGCGCGAUCCCUCCAGCAUCCAGAGCGUCCAACUUUCGGCCGAUGGCUCUCUCAGCGAGCGAGUUGUUCCGAAGGGCGGUGCUGUUGUUAUCGUUAAUCUCAGCGGCGCUGAUUUUGCGUCACAUGAUGCGCUCAUCGAUAGCGUAUAUAAUCGCCUUCGGGCCGAGUUCCCCAACAUCCUAGCGGUCUACACAGGAAAAACUCCUUCCUUCCGCUACUCAACUCUUGUCCGUCGUACCCGUCAAGCGCAGGAUGACGAGCCAGCCGUUCCAGUUAAGGUUCUCAACGUUACCAAUACCUUCCUGAUGGCGUACGAAAAGUUCCUGGCCGGACCUGUGGAAUCAUUGGAAGAAGUAUCCCUGGAAUCCGUCACUAAGAAUGAAGCCAACACUACCGAAUCGACCCUUCAAGUGGACAUCCGUGGAACCAGUGCCGUUCUUUCCAUAAAUUUCGAACUUACUUCCGGAUCGUGGGAAAUCACCGGAGUCACCUAUGGCAAUGUGCCCUAUUAUCUGCGACACCGAGUGCACUUGAACCAGCACUUCUCCUAUCGCUGCUACAGCCUCCAGUACUACACGAUGGACAUGAAGAACGAAAUCGUCUUCGAGCAGGUCCAGAUUCAGCCGUUCUGGCCCUCGGAGGAAGUCACCGAGUUCAAUCGGUUCGGUGAUUCCUGGGACUGCGUCGGUUUCACCAGUCCGGGAAUUUUGACUGGUCUGUUCCUGGUGUUCAUCUUCAUUUUCAUCGGGGCCUACGGGGUCACCUGGAUGAUGGACAUCCGCACGAUGGAUCGCUUCGACGAUCCCAAGGGUAAGACCAUCACCGUCAACGUUGCUGAAUAAUAAGUGACGCGUGUAUGGGUCACAUCCUUUUCACCAGAAGCGUUCACGUCCGAACGACCAAUUCCAGUAAAUUAAAAUAAUAUUUGGUGAAAAACAAAACAAUGAUUUGAUACAAUGUGUUACUGGAAAUAUAGAAAAUUUAUUUGGAUA